UAAUUGGACUAUUGGUUUACCUGUGGUUCCUAUCUCAAAGCUUCUUGGCUGAGAAUGGGUUUAAUAAUUACCUUUUAUAACCUCUGUACUUAAGCUGCUGCUGCUUCUGCAUAUUCUGGUUUCAGUCAUGGACAUGUCUAACUAACUGGUAAAUCUGGAUGGAGAAAUAAAGAAAUACACUGUACAAAGAUUCCUGGAGCCUGAUUUACACUGAACAAAAAUAAACAAACAAGAGAUUUCAACGAAUUACCCAAAUGGGUGAAGAAAAUUUGAGGAAAAGAAAAGGCGAGGACAACAGAAAAGAGGAUGGACAAUCCAUCGAGAAUGAUGAACUCAAAACUAUGAAUCUGCAAAAAGAGGUGGGCCUGAUCAGUGGAACCUGUAUGAUUGUUGGUACAAUUAUUGGCUCAGGUAUCUUUGUUUCUCCAAAAUCAGUACUUGCCAAUGUCGGAGCUGUGGGUCCUUGUUUAACCAUCUGGGCAGCCUGUGGACUUCUUGCAACACUGGGUGCACUUUGUUUUGCUGAGCUUGGUACAACGAUCCCAAAAUCAGGGGGAGAAUAUCCUUACCUUAUGGAGGCGUUUGGCCCAAUUCCAGCAUUCCUGUUUUCUUGGACAAGCUUACUCGUCACCAAACCCAGUUCUUUUGCAAUCAUUUGUCUCAGCUUUGCAGAAUAUGCAGCAGCUCCUUUUUAUCCAGGUUGUGAUCCACCCCUAGUUGUCAUCAAAUGUCUUGCAGCAGCUGCCAUUGUGAUAAUUACAGUAGUGAAUUCACUGAGCGUGAAGCUGGGACGCUACCUCCAGAAUUUUCUCACAGCUGCUAAAAUGAUCAUUGUCACAAUCAUUAUUGUAAGUGGAAUUGUUCUUCUUGCGCAAGGGAAAACUGAAAAUUUUAAAGAUUCUUUCAAGGACAGUAAAAUUUCUCUUAGUUCUAUCAGUCUCGCAUUUUAUAAUGGACUCUGGGCAUAUGAUGGAUGGAAUCAACUCAAUUAUAUCACAGAAGAACUUAAAAAUCCAUACAGAAAUCUACCACUAUCUAUAAUUAUUGGAAUCCCCUUGGUUACAGUUUGUUAUGUUCUGAUAAAUGUUUCGUAUUUCACCGUAAUGACUUCAACGGAACUGCUGCAGUCCCAGGCAGCUGCUGUGACAUUUGGGGAUAGAGUCCUUUAUCCAGCCUCUUGGAUAGUUCCUCUCUUUGUCGCCUUUUCUACAAUUGGAUCUGCCAAUGGAACCUGUUUUACUGCAGGCAGACUUGUUUAUGUAGCAGGUCGUGAAGGGCACAUGCUAAAGGUGCUGUCUUACGUUAGUGUUAAGCGUUUAACACCAGCACCUGCUAUCAUAUUUUAUGGGGCCAUUACUAUUAUUUAUAUUUUCCCUGGUGACAUUGACACACUCAUAAACUAUUUUAGUUUUGCAGUCUGGAUAUUUUAUGGCUUAACUGUAUUUGCACUCAUUGUUAUGAGGUUUACAAGAAGAGAACUCAGGAGACCAAUUAGGAUACCCAUUGUCAUUCCGAUCAUAGUGACAUUAGUCUCCGUUUUACUGGUAUUGGCACCAAUCAUCACUGCACCCGAAAUGGCGUAUUUGUACUGUGCCUUAUUUAUACUCAGUGGAUUUAUAUUUUAUGUACUUUUUGUUCAUUUUAAAUUCAACUGGGCUCAAAAAAUAUCAAAGCCCAUCACUACUCACCUUCAGAUGCUUUUGGAAGUUGUUCCAGCAGAAGAAGUUAUUGAAUAAAACAUUUUGACUAGUUUGUUAUUAAAUACUGUAUUGGUUGAAGCAGCUUCAAUUUAGUUUGACACACAUUUAUACUUUCUAAAUUGGUAUGUUCAUCCCGGUGGAUAUUAUUUUUGCAGUAGUAUUUAGUAUUUGAAAUAUGUCAAAUAUAUAAGAAUAAGAGAUCUAUAAACCAGAUUACUGUGGAUGGCAGAGCUGAUUUUUGUUAAUAUGUAAAGGUAUCUUGUUUUCUGCAUUAAAAUGACUUAGAAUAAACAAGAGGAAGUUUUCAAUUGCAGAGAUACUUACCAGCCACACUUUGUCAGAAGGCCCCUUUUGCCCUGCUGCUGGAAGAACUGAGCAGCUACCAUUCACAACAUCACCUACAACAGGCCACACAAAAUCAGAAGUAACAUAGAGACAGACUGAGUCAGUUCCCAGUUUCUCAGAUCAAAAGUUGGAAAUCAAAAAAAGUAAAGACUGAGGA